AUCUUUCCUGGAUAACAAUAUCACUUCAAUUCAACCCAAACUCACUCUCAUUCAAAUCAAACCAAAAUGGCAUUCUCAUCAUCCAUGUGGUCUUCUCUCUUUGUUCCAAACCCAAACAAAACUAACCGUUUCGCUACAUUCUCUCCCUCCAGCCACAGCAAACUCUUAACAACCACAUUCGCCAUCCCUCCACUUUCAACCGCAACAGCCGCCGACGUUACCGGCGCCAUAGACGGCACAACAGUCGCCGUCAUCAGCGGCGGCUUCGUCGCUGGCCUCACCGCACUUCUCUCCCUUUCAGACCCGGAAAGACGACGACGGGAACAGGCGGAGGAAGUAGGCGGUGAUGACAAAGAAGUUGUGAGGGAGUAUUUCAACAACAACGGGUUUCAACGAUGGAAGAAGAUUUACGGUGAUACUGAUGAUGUUAAUAGAGUUCAACGGGAUAUUAGGUUGGGACAUUCCAAGACUGUUGAGAAUGCUUUGCAGAUGUUGAAAGAUGAAGGGUCACUUCAGGGUGUUACUAUCUGUGAUGCUGGUUGUGGUACCGGUUCUCUUUCAAUUCCGUUGGCGAAGGAAGGUGCCAUUGUUUGUGCUAGUGAUAUAUCAGCUGCCAUGGUUGCUGAAGCUGAGAAACUGGCAAAAGAACAACUUGUGUCCAGUGAAAAUGGAGUGUCACCUGCGAUGCCAAAGUUUGUGGUGAGUGAUUUAGAGAGUUUGGAUGGAUUGUACGAUACAGUGGUGUGCCUCGAUGUUAUGAUUCAUUACCCUCAGAGUAAAGCAGAUGGGAUGAUUGCUCACCUUGCUUCUUUGGCAGAAAAGCGAUUGAUUCUAAGCUUUGCACCUAAGACAUUUUAUUAUGAUGCACUGAAGAGGGUUGGAGAGUUGUUCCCUGGGCCUUCCAAGGCAACCAGGGCAUAUCUUCAUUCUGAAGCAGAUGUUGAAAGGGCGUUGCGCAAGGUUGGGUGGACGAUAAAGAAGAAAGGCUUAAUCGCUACUCAAUUUUACUUUGCCAAGCUUAUUGAGGCUGUUCCUAUGUAGUGAGUCCAGAGGAUUCAGAGGUAAGUUUUGCAUCAUUAGAGGAAAUUCCUAAUGUAUAUUGUAAGCCAUUUUUUUGUGCUUUUGCAUGCUAUGUUAUCCUAUGAUCCCCUGGAUAUGUAUAUUAUAUUCCUUCUUAGCGUAAACGAUGCUGAUGUAUUGUUUUUUAUUUUGUAAUAUGAAACGGAAAGAAUACCAAAUUUGAAACUAGAUGCCAGUUGAUGCAUCAAUUAUAUUUAUUUUGCUACUUCCUUGGGUGAUGAA